UAUUUGGCAUUUAUCACAAAAGAAAACAGUCGUCAGCUGCAACAAAUAGAUUGCAUUCUCCAUUUCUUGCAAACUUUCUUGUCUUUCAUAAUUAAAGCGGCUGAAAAGAGAAAAUGGACCUUCGAAUAAUCUUUUUUUUCAUCUUACAAUUGAUUGGCUUCAACAUUUUGUUUGUGGCAGGCCAAAGUCAACGCAUAAAAGAUGGAAUGUACUCAUCUAUAAGUGGAGCCAGCUGCUUCCGGCGCCUCAAUGGAACCCAUCAAACGGGCUGCUCAUCGAGCCAAUUUGGUUCUGUAGGAGCACUACAUCUUAUACAAGUUGUGGAGGAUUUUGAAUUUUUACUACGAAACCCACCUGCGCCUCCAUAUGCGCCCAUGAUACCACCGCAUCUCUUCACUCGGCUAAAUAUGCUGCGUUUAAAAAAUGAAGCACAACACAAUAUAACUGUAGUAUUGCUUAUCAAUGACAACGAAAAAAUGAAACAGUUUUCGCAUGAACUUACUUGCCCGAAUCAAUAUAGUGGUUUAUUGCUGCCAAACAGCAAGGAAACAGCAACUUGCGAUACACAAAAUGCUGAGAAUGCCUGGAAUCCUUGGGGAACUGGACUGUUACAUGAAGAUUUUCCAUUUCCCAUUUAUUAUAUAGCAGACGAAGAAGAAGUUUACAAGCUGAAGUUGUGCUUUCAAAAGUUUAAUAAUUUUGAUUACAGUGGGCAUGCCACACGUAGUCUUUGCGCUGUUGAAGUAAGUACUUUUAUGUCGGCGGCGGUCAAUUCUGAAGUUUGCAUUCGUCGUUCGAACUUCAUUAACAACCUAGCUCGAACUAGAUACUGUGAUCCCUUGGAAGGCAACAAUGUUUACGCCACAAUGUACCCUCGUAAUUUUUCAAGUUCCAUAGCAGAAGACACCUCACAAAUUCGUACAGACCCGAACGAGAAAUUUAUUCUAAUAUCUUGUAGAAUGGAUACCGCCUCCAUGUUUGAUGGGUUAGGUUUGGGCGCUAUGGAUUCACUGACGAGCUAUGUGACAUUGAUGAGCGUUGCUAGCACACUUAAGCAAUACCUUCCUAACAAUUACUCGGAAUUAACUAGAAAACUGAACAUACUAUUUCUUAUUUUCAACGGCGAAUCGUAUGAUUAUAUCGGAUCACAACGUUUUGUCUACGAUUUAGAAAACUUAGAUUUCCCCUUACCAUCAACACUAACAGCUCCAAUUUCUUUUGAAAACAUUGAGUUAAUGAUCGAUAUAGGUGUAUUGGAUGAAGUCUCAGCAAUAAAUGUACACACCUUAAAUACAUCCGAAAAGGCUGCAUCAUUCGCAGCUGCUUUAAAUGCGCAAAGUCAAAAUUUUGAUAUUAAGUUUGAACUAAAAGUGGGUACAAAUAUACCACCCACGUCAGCGCAAUCCUUCCUACGCAAAAAUCAGACAUUCCCUGCGUUGAUAUUAAAUUCAAGGCCGCAGAACAGAUACUAUCACUCAAUAUAUGACAACGCGGCAAAUCUUAAUUUCACAUAUGGUAACCACACCGAACAAUAUUACACCAAACUUAUGUCUACUGAGGAGGCACUGCAAUAUUUCUCAGCAGAUUCAGUGCAAAUCAAAAUACGUAAUGUGUCAACGAGUGUAGCCUUGGCGUUGACACAAUUACUUCUUAGCAAAGGACCUCUCGAGAAAGGUUACGCAAGUCCUGUAUUAGUAGAUGAGCUACUGCAUUGCUUUCUACAGUCAGCUGAUUGUAGACUGUUUAAAGAUGCUUCACCAGUUAAUAGCCUGCCAGGACUACCGUUUCCACCAUCACGCUACAUCAGCGUUGCUGGUAGUCCACAGGAUUCAUCUGGUUGGACGUAUCGCGUUUUAGGAUUAUUAUUGUCAACUGAAGUAGCUGAUACCGUGGAAGAGAAGUGUGGACCUUUGCCAUUGCAGUGGAUUGCUGGCCAAAAAGGAGCCGGCGAAUGUCGCCUGACAACGCAGAACUAUAGUCACGCUCUAAGUCCGGCGUUUUUAAUAGAUGAUUACAAUUGGAAAUCAGGUCAAUACUCAACGUGGACUGAAUCCACCUGGGCCGGUCUCAGAGCGCGCAUGUUCCUACGGCCAUCCAGAGUACACGAAAUCGUCACACUCUCCAUUGGCAUUGUUGUGCUGAUUAUUUCAUUUUGUUUAGUCUACAUUAUUAGCAGCCGCUCAGAAAUACUUUUCGAAGGCGCAACGACAAGUUCGGAUGCGUUAACGACUCCGACUGCUUGUUAAUAACCAAAGCAUACGCAAAAGCAAUACGUUGUAAACAUAAAUGACUAGACCGUCUCUCUAAUUGAAAUUAUUAUAUAUAUAUGUUCCUUAAUUGGAAGAGUCAAAUCACACACAUUCGAUAAAACAGCAAAUUAAUGUACCGUCUCAUAAUCAUCAAGUACACUACCAUCGCCAAUCCUCUCCACUAUUGUCCCGUCUAUUAUGAUUAACCGCUAGAACAUUUCAUCAUCAGCAUACACUAGAGCACUCGUUAAUUGGUAACUAAAUAUGUACAACUCGACACAAGCUGAUGCAUACUGAAACGCACACUACUGUUGCCGUACAUACUACACUGAAAGACUGCUGCCAAGUUGUUACAUUUUUACCUAAAUAUAAACCAUGAUAUCAUAAAAUAUAGUUAAAUUGACGUAAAGAUUUAAAAUCAUAAAUUUAAAUGCUAAACUAUGCUGUUUUUAGACAUAUGUAUGUAUGUACGUGAAAUCAGGAGUUUAAGGCAUAUUUUAGUAAAAACAAAGGAUUAAUGCGUUGUAUAAAUGUUUAAUCAAAAUAUUUUAAUGUAAAUUAAUUUUCUUACCUUCUCACAUAUUUCAACGCAUUUUUUUUUUAUCUGCUAUGUGCACUUGGUGUAUGUCCCAUUAGCGUAGAAUUAUAUCUUUUGUUUUGUCAACUAAUUUUUAUUAACACAAUCACAAACUUCAAUGUUUAUAUAUACGGUAAUAUGAUAUUCUAAUUCAUAACUAAUUAAAUUUGUAUUACCAAAUAUGUUUCCAGAUUUGCGUAUACUGCAUUAUAGCAUAAUGUCCGCCCAAGCUAAUAGUUUCUUACAAAUUCUAAAAGCCAUUGUUUGAGUUUUCGUUUCAAGUACUUUAAGUAUACCCUAUUUCGAUAACUGUAAAUCAUAUUUAUCGCGAUUUCCAUUUUGCCCAACGUAUAUAUUUGAUAUUAUAUGUAUAAUUAAUAAAUAAACUUAUGCUUCUCUAUUUAUUAAGACAAAUUAUAUAAUUUAUAUAUAUAUAUAUAUAACUUUAGUGCAGAGAAAAUUAAAUAAAACAAUAAUGCACGUAUGUGCAAAUGCAUAAGAAAAGGUCUCAAAAGGCCACUCUUUACAUACCUUAUUGUAUUAUUCAUAAUAUAAAACAAAAUAAAAAACAACAAGAAUGUAACAAUUUUUACAGUU